GAUUAUUUGAUUAUUUUUCCAAAAAAAAGUUGACAUGAAUAAUUAAUCUGUUUGUAUCGCAACUAAAUCCUUUGGCGAUGUCAAUAUUUGUCGCUAACUGGGUGAGAUUUAAAAAUCCCUGCCGCGAUAGAGAGGACUGGAUGGGCGCUUAGUAGUUAACAAAAAAUAACAAGGGAGGUUGGCCUAUCCAGUAGGGAGGACCCCCCUUCGUAGUUGAAUACAAAAGACUUCGCUGGAAAAGAGAGGAAGGGUGGGAGAUAGGGGGGAAACGAUUUGUCGUCGAGUCCUCUGAGGCACGCGACUCGUUCACCAGCGGCACGCGACCACGAUGAGCGUUAAGGGUUGGGAAAUGGGCGUUCCGACCGCUUGCUAUUGACAGCUUCACGAACGAGGAGUGGGGAUUUUUUGUCCGUGAAUGUACACUAGACCCCUACACACACACCCAAUUGAGAUUUCACGGUGGUGUAGUUGUUUGUAAAUACUGGUUUCGCGGUUCCCAUCUUUCGAACUGUAUCCAAAUUGUCGGCAUCGGUCGUCAAAUUAGUUCCGCUUGCGUUGUCACCCAUAACAGGAAAUAGUGUGAUGAUCUGGGAAAACAGUAGUUAAACUUUAUCAAUUAUGUUUGGUACUUGUUAUCGCCAAUCGCUCUUUUGUAUUCGAUAUGCAAGUGAGCAUCGUGCUUAUGGGAUCUUGAUCAUGGGAACUCUUGCCAAACGUUAAAGUAGAACAAAUUGUGCUAACUGAUUGUUCAAUUGAUUUCCUUCGGAUUAUUGUUUAUCUUAUAGUUGAUGUCAAUCAAUGUUUAUCUACACUUACUUCUUUAUUGUUUUGGAAGCCAUCACGACUUUCAUAUGUUGACGACUGUGGGAUUCGAAGGUGAUUUGGUUCCACUCGUACGAGAUGAUGACACCGUGUCGAAUGGACCGUAAAAACAUCUGAAUUGAUAGACGUCCCCUUCUACUAUUUUUCUUCUAUCGUCCCAGUGAAUAACUUUUUCCGUGCGAAUGUGUGUAUAAACAGCGAGGAUACACACUAUCUCUUUUGUAAGUAGAAGUGGGCGUCGCCUUUUGCUCGAGCGCAGCUAGGAACUACCGCCCCUUCACACGCGCUCACGGGUCGUCAUGUAACCCGCAAUUUUCCCACUGUCAAACAAACGAAUCAGCUGAAAAACAUCACGAUUAACUUUUAAAAUCCCCAAGUUUAGCAUGACGAAAACAUAUUUUUUUCCUGAUGCCACCAGUAUAUUUGAUAACUGCGAUUCACCCAAGGAUCCCUUAUAUCAUUUUUAUGGAAAAUCAACCUGAUUACGUAGAAAACAAUUACUGAAUUCUUUAAAGUAGGAUAGGCUCUUUUUUCACGGUAUAUCGAUUACGAAAUGUUAACCUUCGGUUUCGGAUGGGUUCAAACUUCGGCAGAUUUUGCUCUUCUUUAAUCUUCCAUCAAGGUUCUCUGAUAUUUGGUCUAAAUUCUCAUUCUAGACCUGUUUUUAUUUUAUUUUUUAACGUGGUAAGUGUUUGAGGCCGAGGAGAUUGCCAACCUGAUGUGCGGGAUUUUCAUCUUUUAAGGAUUAUGGUCUUCCUACACGUAUGUGGAUUAAGGUGAACUGAUUUACAUCGUUUUUAGAUUUUCCACUCGCCAAAAUUCAUAAAUUUCAUUCGUUUUGACGAAAUUAAUUUAAAUUUUGCCUCUCCAACUCUUCCCAAUCACAUAGUCAACUUUUAAAUUAAAAUAAUAAAAAAAUCCCGUAAAACGAACUUUAAACGAUUUUUUUUUUAGCUUAAUAGGAAAUGUAAGAAUACAAAGUUUAGAUUAACGUAUAGCAAAUUCAUAAUGGUUUUAGGAAAGAGGCUGAAGGACUAGCCUACUAUAAACAUAGAGGGCGGAGUUUACUUUGUGUCCUGUGAGAAAGAGACCGACUCGCAAAACUGCAAGGGGAUUGGUGGAAGAGAUCUGAUGGAACGAAUGGGUCACAUGUUCCCGACGUGAAGCGCCCCCUCCCUCUUCCCUUUCUUAUUUGUGGACCGCCGUUCGUGAAUCGAGAGAACGGUGGCAAUAAGAAACGUGUCAAAUGCAGACGAGGGCAGGGAAGAGCGAAAAGGGAAAAAAAAGGGAGAAAUGCAUUGAGAUCGAAAACUCUUGUGAUUGGUCCAGCUGCUGAAGACGAGGGCUGAAAUCCCCUUAUAUAAUGCGUGCUACUUCCAUCAGAUCCAGCAGCAGCCAGAUGAUCUGAGCACUAGAACUGAGCGACAUAUUCUUCUGUCAGUCGAGCUUUACUUUCCCGGACCUAAGUUGUUUUGUAGCACCUCUCUGCUUCUGAUCACUCAUUCCCGCCUGUUCAGAAUCACACAAAAAAUAGAAGAAACUACCAACAUAUAUACUAGUUCAAUUGCCGAGACGAGUGGCUGAUCCAUCACACAGCAACGAUUGAAUCAAGGAAUCAAAGUUCUAAAGAAAAGCAGCAGCCAUGGCCAGCACCUCUUCAAGAGCAGCUGACGAUCAAGUCCACUUAUUUGCAGAGGCUUCCUUAACACCAGUUCAGUCUGCUUCGUCGACAUCAUCGUUUCAACAACACCAGCAGCAGCAUCACGACUACCGUUUGUUGGAUCAUCCAGUCAAUUUUGAUCCGAUAGCAGGACCGUCCUCUUCUUUCUACCAUUACGGAGCCAUGAAUCCUGUCACUGCAUCUUCGUCAACAGCCGAACAACAUCAGGAUGCCACAUCAGUCGCCGCUGUCGGAAUGGAAGGAUCGGAACAAUAUUACUACGGAUACCAAGGUGAUGAAGGUGGAGAUUCCGGCAAUGAAGAAGGAUACUACGCCAAUAGUCCUUAUCGAGUUCAACGCUUUGCAGCCAACAUCCGUGAACGGAAGCGUAUGCUCAGGUUUUUUCGCUGUGACAGCAUCAACUCUGCCUUCGACGAGCUCCGUAUACACGUACCUACGUUUCCUUAUGAAAAACGGCUGUCCAAGAUCGACACUCUUCGACUGGCUAUAGCUUACAUCGCCCUUCUCAAAGAUGUCAUCAAGUCUGAUCAAGAUCCACUCACUUUUGUCGAAAAGUGUAUGAGAGGAGAAAUCAAACCCGAACGCGGAGCUGAGUGGAAUACCAGUGAUUUAACUGCCAGACUCAGUUGGAUCAAGUGGGAAAAUCUUGGUGUUCGCCCUGGUCGCCGCAUCGCUUUGGCUGCUCUUGCAACGGUCUCCGUCGCUCAAGAUAAUCCAUACUAGUUUUUUUUUUAACCUCUAUUUCCUUUAAUUAAUAUAUCAAUGUGUUUCAUACCCAUAUCUAGUCAUGUGUGAACAUAGCAAGUUCUCCUAUUGCGGCAUUCGUGUCGCAUCGUUGACCUUUCAUGUAUCAUAAACACAUAAUCCAAUAUGCCAUAUUUGUUUGUUACCUUGUAAUACUCGAUGUGUAAACUCUUUUAAUGGAUAAACGAAUUUAAAGAGUAAAA